AAAACUGUGAUUGCGAUUUUUAAUGAUCAGUUGACGAUCUGACUUAUAAAACAACAUGCUAACCCACGAGAACGAUAAAACUGUUAUGUGCCCUAUUGUAGGAGAUGGGAUGGUAGGAAAGACUCAAAUUUGUAAAACAUUUGCCGGAAGUCAAACAUCAGACGACUAUACAGCAACAGUUUCUGAUUUAUACACUGUACCGACUUACAUGAUGGGUUCAGAUUAUAUCAUCAAAAUAGUAGACUCAUCUGGCCAGCAUGACUACAAGGAGGUUAGAACAAAGUCCUACAAAGAAGCCAAUGUAUUUAUCUUGUGUUAUAGUGUAUCCGACAGAGAAUCCUUUGAAAAUGUCAAGUCAUUCUGGAUUCCGGAAAUUAGAAACCUAUGCAAGAAAACGCCAGUGGUAUUAGUUGCCACAUACAAAGACACCAGGGACGAACAUAACAAUGUAUCUAAACAAGAAGGACUUGAUAUAAUGGAAUCUCACAAAUUUGAUGCGUACAUCGAAUGUAGAUCUGAUAACAAAGAAGAAGUAGAUGAAUUAUUCGAAGAUAUUUUACUUUCAGUUAUAAAGUCUAAAAGAAGGCGUCGCUCGAGUCUUCUUCAUACACUCAUGGGUAAAUGAUAGACAAGGCGAAAAACGUUGACUUUCAAACAUUUAGGUUCGUUUUCAAUCUUGUUAUUUUCCAGAUCUGUCAUGAACGAUUUCGUUUAUUUUAAAAGGAGGCAUUACUAAGAUAGACUUAAAGAAGGUAGUAAGCUUUUAUUGCAUAUUGAUUAUUGGCAACGUUUUUUUUCGGAGAUGCUUGCAUAAGUAACGCAAUGGCUGGAGAUGAAUGAUGAAAGAACAAACAAACCAAACAAUAAUUCGGCGUAUAUAAAAUAAUUAGCCUUGGUGAUUUAAGUUUAAGUGAUUUAUUUAUCUCAGAGGUGUUUAAACAAAGUAUAGUGUUUCCUCUCCCAACAAAUUACCAAGGAUGAGUUUAUGUAUUUCUUCAAUACAUUUUAAAACCAAGAAAGCAUACAAUGAAAGCUUAAUGACAUUUUCAUUUUGACUGCUGAUAUCCCAAUGUUUGCCGUUGUUGCCUACUAUGUCCGUUUGUGUUAAUAGCGUAUCGUUGUCAACAUAAUGAAAUUUAAUGCAAAGUUCUGUCAUACAACUGAAAGGUUAAGCUAGCCAUAAAUCCAGGUUUAAUCCAGUAUUUUCCACGUAAGGAAGUACCUGUUCUAAGUCAGGAAUACGACAGUUGUUUUCCUUUCGUUUGAUGUGUUUGCGCUUUUGGUUUUGUCAUGUUUAACAGGAAUUUCCGUUUUAAAUUUCACUUGGAGUUCGGUAUUUUUUCAACCAUAAUUGAUUGUCUUUUUCAUAUGUUCUGAUAUUACACCAC